AUGCUUUCAAGAGCUGCCCGACCGGCUUUGAGGGCUGGGGCCGCGGCGUCUGCCAGGCCAGCCGUUCCAAACGCCGCAACCUUCGCGACUCUUCGUGAGAUUGAGGACCGUCUGAAGUCCAUUCGCAAUAUCGAGAAGAUCACCAAAACAAUGAAGAUUGUCGCCUCGACCAAGCUUACCCGUGCCCAACGGGCAAUGACCUCGUCUCGUGAAUAUGGCAAGACUUCCAAUACCGUAUUCGAAAAUGCCGAGACCAAGCCUUUGGAAAAUGACGACAAGAAGACUUUGAUCGUUGUUGCAAGCUCCGACAAGGGACUGUGUGGUGGCAUCCACUCUGGACUUUCCAAAUAUGUUCGCCGACUUCUCCUCGAGAAGCCAAAUGUCGAUAUUGUUGUUUUGGGCGAGAAGUGCAAGGCCCAAUUAAGUCGAUCAAACUCGAAGAACAUUGUCUUGAGCUUCAGUGGUAUUGGAAAGGCUAUCCCGACAUUUGCAGACGCUCAAGCUAUUGCCGACCAAGUUUCCCGCUUGCCAACCGACUACGCAUCUGUUCAGAUCAUUUAUAACAAAUUCGUCAAUGCGACAAGUUAUGAGGUUACCCCGAUUGAAGCGUACUCUCAGGAGGCCAUCGCCAACUCCCCCAACUUCUCUGCUUUUGAAAUUGACGAUUCGGUCCUGAGCAACCUCCAGGAGUACUCCCUCUCCAACUCAUUAUACUGGGCUCUCGCUGAAGGUCAUGCCUGUGAAAUAUCCGCCCGUCGCAAUGCAAUGGAUAACGCUUCCAAGAACGCUGGGGAUAUGAUCACCAAGUACCAGAUUCUGUUCAACAGAACCCGCCAAGCCGUCAUUACUGGCGAAUUGGUUGAAAUUAUCACUGGUGCUGCUGCCUCGGAGGAGUAG